AUGUCCCUUUACGGCCCCGAUGCUGCUCAACUUAUGGAGGAGAGAGCGAAAACAGAUAGUCAUGUAAAAGAUUUAAUGAGGGUUGUGGCAAGUGGCGACGCUUCUAGAGCUCAAUUAGAUGAAUUCGAUAAUCUUAUUAAAGAGUUCAAAAAAGAAAGUGCUAGCGAAAAGGAAAAUGCUCUGCUGCCAAAACCUCAUCCUUAUGCAGACCAUCCUGCAGCCUUUCCCGCACCAGAUAUUCCAUCUAAACUUCUAUCUAUAGCGCCAGAAAUUCGAUUAGAGAUAUAUCGAUACCUACUUCUUCCUUCAGGUUUUAUUAGCAUCGAACCAGGACAACCGAAAGGUGAUUGGCAUCAAGAUGACGACAGCUCAUCAGACGAUUGGACCGACGAAGAUACAAUUUCAUUCGAUGGCGAUAAUUCAGAUAUGGAGAUAGAAAGUGAUGUACCUGGUGGUAUAGACGGACUGGGAUCUUUAUUGUGGUCAAUGGUGGAACCAGAUGAAGAUGAUGGAUCUAUCGAUAUUGAUCCAGAGUUUCCUUCAAAUCCCGAAGCAGAGUCGAUUCUUAUUGAAGCCAACCAGGCAACUCCUCCAGACGACCCUAUGGAAAUUUUGGAUUUAGAAGAUGGAGGAAUAGCUCGGAGAAUAGCAAAUGGACAAGAAAAGUGGGAAACGGACUCUGCGCACACCGACUUCGAUGAAUAUCGCAUGUACCCUGAAAUUUUUCGUGUUAACAAACAGAUUCAUGAAGAAGCCUCUUCACUAUUGUUCACCGAAGGCACAGUUGUCGUCAACUCUAACGAUCUAUUCUUUCUAUCAAAUAAAAGUCUAAGGUGGGGAAGCAUAUAUGGAUUUACUCCAUGGAGACACAAUCCCCUCACGGCUGUGGCGAAAAGAUUACCCGGUGGUACCAUACAAUACGAUCAAGAAGACUUGGGCGGUUGGAUGGAGCCUCAUAUAUUCGCCAAAUUUCAAAAGGUUCUCUUCGAUUGUGCAUUGGAAGAUGAACAUACCGAGGGCAUUCAAUUCUUUUUCGAUAUCGACAACUCUAAACUAGAUUCUGAAAAUGAGAAAAAAUUCCGCAGCUAUUUAGGAACCCUGACCUUCGUCAAAGACUUUGUCAAGCUUAUAUCCAAAUCUCAAGUCAUCAAUAAACUCACCGUCAACCUACUCGUCGAAAUUGCAGCCGACAGCAGACUAGAUGACGAAUCAAUUGACGAAGACAAUGAAGAAGCAGUCGAGGCACUAGAUCUUAAACAAGACAAAGCAGAUCUCGACGCUAAUAUUCGAGCUACAGAAUUAUUCAUGGAUGCCAAUAUGUUCAAACCAUUCAAACAGUUGAAGAAUGUGAGGAGACUCGAUUUUCGAUAUGGUUUUGCUGAUUUCGUUCCUCCGGUUGAUUAUGUACCGGCGGAAAAAUAUCAGAAUAUGAUGAAGAAAAUAAAGAAGUUGGUAGAGAGAAAUUUUAAAGAACCGGAAGAACCGACAAGGGGAGGUCUUAGAAGUCAGGGGAGCGUUACACUGCAUGAAUCUAUUUAG